AUGGCCGCCGUCGCUGGCGCAGGGGUUGCUCUCCUCCCCUUCGGCGCCCUCAUCUCCAUCGUCCUCCUCGGCACAUUCACCGUCUCCGUCACCGUCGCCUUCUUGGGCAUCUGGCUAUCGCGUCGUCGUAGACUAGCAACCUCAGCAAAAGCAAACAACAACAACAGCAAGGAAAGAAGCGGCGGAGCAUGUCAUCAUGACUUGACUGGUGAGACGACCAUUGCCGGUGCCGUUGCGUCCAUGGAGAUCGGCAAGCCCAAGGAAGUUGCAGAAACUUCCGUCUGCGUCGUGGACGAGGGCGUCGGCUUCGAGGUUUAA